AUGGCCAACACAACUGUCAAUGUGAUCCCCCUGGACAUGGCCCCGGACUCCUUUGAUGACCAGUACCGGGGCUGUGUCCCUGCCAUGAAGGCGGCAUUGCCGGCCCUCAACCGCUCUGAGUUCCAGCAGAACAAGAUUUUUGCCGAGGUUUGGGUAAUGGCUGCAGCUGCGUGGCAGAGUCAGUGGCCCCCUGAGUCCCCUCUGUCCCCAGACCAGGCCACCGCCAUCAUGGCCUUUGCAUAUGGUCUGUCCGGUGUGUUCACUGAGGCCGUGCUUGUGGCUGGGCGCUCCAGCCAGGAAUACCGGGACAACUUCCACUUCAAAACGCUGCAUUUCUUGCUGACCGACGCCGUGGCCACACUGAGGGAUGCUCAGAAUGGGCAGUGUCGGGACGCAUUCCUGAUGGUGUGUGACACCCGGUUCGAGGCACAGCGUGGUGACACUGUCCGGUUUGGUCUAUUCAUGCCAAUGUUCCCGAGCAAACAAAUUGGCGAGUGCUCCAAUUCCACAAUGCUAGAGGUGCACACAUGCCAUGGCGUGGAAAUCCAGUUGUUGACCGACCUACCAGAACUUAAAAUCGUGCUGAUCCCACCCUUUGAGACCUUCAGUGUCACCCAAUACACCCGGGAAGGGGACAAGACACAGAUCCAGCUCCAGUCCACCAGGACCUACAGCAAAUACAACUGCGAAUGGCUGCGAGGUGGGAGUGUCCCCAGUGCCCCCUUCCACGUUGGAGGACUCCUGCUGGCCACCAUAACCCUGGCAAUGGCCACUGGAAUCCUCUGA